AUGCCUGUCAAUGUGAAGCUCCAACGGGAGUUGUCCCAAGUGCCAGUCACUGCCUUGGAAUUUUCCCACCCAUCUUCUGGAAAGCAGCUGGUUCUGGCAGGGCAGGACAACGAGAUAGAGGUUUUUGACACUGAGGCCAGGCGGUCGCUUUGCAAGUUUCGUAUAUUCGACGAGCAGAUCGUUCAUGGCUUGUCCAUUUUGCCUGCUGAAGGAGACUCGCCGGGAAAGCUCCUCAUCUGGGGAGCCAAGCUGAUCGCCAUUGUAUCUACGGAUGGCUUGGACACAGGCCGAGUACCUUCGGUCGUUGCAACUGCUACUGCGCCAGAUUGGAUUUAUUACGGCGCAUUCUCGCCUUAUGAUAGGUCGCGCGCCUGUUUAGUCACAGCGCACAACGAGGGCGUCUUGAUUCGUCAUGAGGAGAAGGAGGGUCGGAUAAUCCUGGAGGAGGUCAUCGCCCCAGCGCGGCCUGGCCUGUACUCGGCAAGCUUGACCUGGCUUGCCGCCGACUGCGUUCUGGUAGCUGCUGGGACUGUUUUUGGCGAGAUACUGGUUUGGAAGGCUUGGGCCGGGGCUGGGCGAGAAAGCCCACACGAGCUGCUGUAUGUCCUAACAGGCCACGAAGGUUCGAUCUUUGGGGUGGAUAUAUCUCCAUUAUACACCAUCAUCGGCGGGCGCCAGGUGCGAUUUUUGGCCACUUCUAGCGAUGACCGGACAAUUCGAAUUUGGGACAUCAGUGAGCAAACGGAUGCAAUCGAACACAUGAACAAUCAUUUCAGCACAGCAAGGGAGACUGGCUUCGGUGGUGAUGAAGCCCAUCCUACUCAUGGGUCAAGACCACCCGUGGCGAUGGCGAUGGGCCAUCUUUCGAGAAUUUGGGGCGUAAAGUUCCCCGCUGCUACAGAGCCUGGUAUUUUGGGCACGAAGAAUACACUCGACAUCUACUCUUUUGGAGAAGAUGCAACGACGCAGUGCUGGAAAAUGGAAUUUCAUGCCAAGACCGUCACCGAGAUCCAAGCAGAUAAAGGUAUCCUGACUGGCUCGCUCACUCUCAAAGGUGUAUUUCCUCUCCAUGAAGGGAAACACUUGUGGUCGCGAGCGGUUUCAAGCUCAGGUAACAAGCAACUUAUCGUUACAGGUGGAGCGGAUAGUAGGAUCUCUCUGAUUGAGGCACAUUCAACUGAAUCAGAGGCAAUGAGCUCACAAAAUCCAGCAAGUCCAACCACGCCUAGUGUUCUCGUCGCGGUAGACAUACCAAAGCUGAGUGAAGAGACACCUCAACAGCCCAAGAAGAAAAGACAAGAAGUCAUUGGCCAAUACGACUUCAUCUCCAAGGAGGAAUUGGUGGCCGCUACGUCUCAUGGCAGGCUUCUCCUCGGCACUACUUAUGAAGCCAAUUUGGACUGGAAGGAAAUCCAUGUUGAGGAGGCUCUACUCCAGGAUGUAGAGCGGACAUACGUUCUAAAGCAAGCUGCUCAUGGAAUCGCAGUUUUGGGUGCAACUAGUGGAAGUGUGUUAAUUUACCAUCUUGCUACUGACCGACUGUUUCGUGUUGCUAGCCUGCCAGGGAAGAUUGUAGGCAUAACUUGCCUAUCAUCUAAUAUUCAACGGGAGGCCAGUGUCGCAAGGUCUCUUGAUAUCCUUGUGCAUUUAUUCGGAGCGUCCAACCCUACGUGGUUGACACUAUGCGCCACUACAGGAGAACUCUUGAAUCAAGUCGAGGUUUCUGGCCUCAACCCUAAGUUCGUGACAACAUCAGCCGCGAUGAUAGGACAGUUUUUAGUGAUUGGGUCGAGACAUGGCUGGAUGUCUGUGUUGGCACCGGCGGAAAAUGGUUACCAGUCAGUGUGUGAUAUUGCCACUCGGUCAACUGAUGCUAUCUGCUCUAUAGUUGCGCUCCCGGGCUCGCAAGACUCUCAGAACCGUACAUCCUUCCUUGCUACUGGACGAGAUGGUAAGUUCAGGAUAUAUGAGAUUGUCCACAGUGAGUCUGUCACCAAUCUUGAACUUCUUCACGAGUCAUCACCUCCCUUUGGGCCAAUGAUUGAGGGUGCUUGGUUCACGGAUGGCCCCCAGCCUGAACUCAUCCUCUACGGUUUCAGAAGCAAGUGUUUCGUCGUUUGGAACGAAACUAGAAGGGAGGAGCGGGCAUCUGUCGACUGUGGAGGCGCUCACCGAUCAUUUAGCUUCCUACCUGGACGAUCUGAUCGGGACCCGUUCUUUUUCACGUUCACGAAGACAUCAACCCUGUAUUUGUACUAUCAGAGACGCCCGAUUUACGCCGCUCUCAAGAUGGGGAUACACGGUCGUGAAGUCCGGGCCAUGACCUCCGCACAUGACUUGAUUGUCACUGGUGCAGAGGACACCACUAUACGGAUUUGGGAACGCUCUGAAUAUGGAACGGGCGGCGCAAAGCAAAUGAAAUGUCUGGCACUCAUCAAGGCGCACAUGGCAGGCAUCCAAAAACUGGCGUGGUCACCAUCGAAUUCGGCUACGGAUUCAGGGCAGGUGGAUGGCUACCUUUUCAGCAGUGCGGGUAGCACCGAGUUUUUCGUAUGGAGAAUACGAAGUCUCAGGGGGGGUUAUUCCCAGCUUGGUGUCACCUGCGAAGGUAUCUUUGAUGAAACAGAUAUCGAUAAGGACUUGAGGAUCAUGGACUUUUCCGUGCAGCCAAGGCGGGACGGAAGUAUCAUCAUCACUAUGGCAUUCUCAAACUCAUUCCUUUCUACGUAUCUGUUCGACAGAUUGGAUGGCUUCAAGGUCUUGGCAAAGGGGGCUUAUACCGGGGCUUGUCUAACACAGAUCCAACCUCUAACCAGUCUGGAAGGUAUAGUCGAGGCGAGCAAGAACGAGAUGGCCGUCUUGACUGCAUCGACCGAUGGACACAUCGCUACGUGGAAAAUACGACAUGUGGAGGACCAGCAUACCAAGCAAUGGGUCCUCAACAACGUUACCAAGGUGCACCAGAAUAGUAUAAAAUGCCUUGCCCUCGUUCCCGCAAGCGCAGGUCAGUUUUACGUGGUGACGGGUGGUGAUGACAAUUCACUCGGGCUAAGUCUGCUCUCCCGAGACAUUUACCAACCAGUGUUUCGGCACAUGUGUCGCAGAGCCCAUGCGGCGGCCAUCAAUGGCAUGGCCGUGGAGCGAGUGGGAGAGUCUCUAGUGGUAUUCACCGGCAGCAAUGACCAGCGCCUGAAAGCUUGGACGAUGUCAAAGGACGGGCGCAUCUGCCUUCAGGCGGACAUGUACAGCGGGGUGGCAGACCCUGGCGAUAUUGAGAUUCUCCCCGGGCGAAACCUGACCGUCGCGCUUGGUGGCGUGGGGUUGGAGCUGUGGAAGACGUCAUUGCCGGGUUGA